UUGUGUGUGUUUCAGUGUGAAGAUCGCGGCGGGGGCCGUCGUGUGUGUGGAGAGUGACAUCAGAGGAGACGUGACCAUCGGUACAGCCCUUCAGUUCAUCUCAGAAAGCACUGGAAGGUUCCGCUCCGGGAGAAAACGUCUCCAAACAGUUCUUGUUGGGGUUUCAGGAGCCAGGACCGUGGUUCACCCGAAGGCGCGGAUCAUCGCGGAGGCCGGACCCAUCGUGAUCGGAGAGGGAAACCUGAUCGAGGAGCAGGCCCUGAUCAUCAACAGCUAUCCUGAAAACAUCCUUCCAGACGCAGAGGACGUCGAACCCAAAACCAUGAGCAUUGGGAUCAAUAACGUGUUUGAAGUCGGCUGCGUGUCUCAGGCCUUGAAAAUUGGGGACAACAACGUCAUUGAAUCCAAAGCUGAGGUCGGGAGGAACGUGAUCCUGAGCAGCGGAUGCAUCGUUGGCGCGUGUUGUCAGGUGAACACGUGUGAAGUGAUUCAAGAAAACACGGUUAUCUACGGCUCUGAGUGUUUGAGACGCGUGCAGACUGAAAGACCGCAGCCUCAAACGCUGCAGCUGGACUUCCUGAUGAAGAUUUUGCCCAAUUACCAUCAUCUGAAGAAAACAGUGAAAGGAAAUUCCACUCCGGCGAGAAGCUAAUAUAUCAAAUAUAACGAGGUCGUGAACACAGAUCUGGCUCGCUUACAGUGAUGUUUCUGUAUUAUAGUGUUGUAGGUUGUGUUGUAAGUUAUUGAUGGCACAUUAAAUCCUCAUGUAGCUGGUGUCUAA